AUGAGCUGGGUGACGGAGCAUCUAGGCAUGGAAAGAUUCCGCCUCCUGCAGUUUGAUGGGAGGGUCUUAGCACCAGAGCGUUGGGUUUAUAUCUGGUCCUGGUUAAGAACGGAAGAUCUUGGUGCCGGCAGGCAACAUGAUGGCAAGAAGACUCACAUCACCCCCUGCCGCUUGCAGCUGGCCAUGCGCAAUGAUGAGGAGUUCAACAAGCUGCUGGGCAAGGUGACAGCCAUGCAGGGUGAAGUGCUGCCCAACAUCCAGGCUGCACUGCUGCCCAGGAAGACCGAGAGCUGUAAGGCUAAAAGUAAAUAA